AAAAAAACUGCUCUGCAGAUUCUCUCCUACUCUCCUUUCAGCUCUUUAUAUGUUCGCUAUAUUCAGAAGACAAUAUUCCACACUGCAGAAAUGGCUCUGAACAGGUUGCACUGUCUUCUCUCGGCACUAAUCCUGCUCCAUUAUUCCUCCGGAGCUGGUGCCAAGAUCCCAGCUCUCAUCAUCUUCGGCGAUUCCUCAGUCGAUGCCGGAAACAACGAUUACUUGUCCACCAUUGCCAAGAGCAACUUCAAGCCCUACGGCCGCGACUUCAAGGACGGAGUGGCCACCGGCCGGUUCUCCAACGGCCGCCUCGCCACCGACUUCCUCUCGCAAGACUUUGGCCUCCCGCAGUACAUCCCUGCCUACCUUGAUCCAACUGUGACCAUUGAAGACUUCGCCUCCGGCGUUUGCUUUGCCUCUGCGGCUACGGGUUACGACAAUGCGACCUCUGAUGUGCUGUCUGUUCUACCUCUAUGGAAACAAUUGGAGUACUUCAAAGAGUACCAGAGCAAGCUGAAGAGCUUGCAAGGUGAGGCAAAAGCACAAGAAACACUAAGUGAGUCCCUUUACAUCAUCAGCUUGGGAACCAACGAUUUCCUGGAGAACUACUACUCGUCCUCCACCAGCCGGUCAUCGGAGUUCCCCGUCGACAAGUACGAGGACUACCUCGUCGGCAUCGCGCACGACUUCGUCACCAGCAUCUACAACCUCGGGGCUCGCAAAGUGAACAUCGCCGGCGUUCCUCCGAUGGGGUGCUUGCCGUUGGAGAGGGCGAUGAAUCUGCUGGGAUCGGAGCCGUGCAACCACGAGCACAACAAGGUGGCCGCCGACUUCAACUCCAAACUCCAGAGCAUGAUGCUGCCGCUUAGCAAAGAAUUGCACGAGAUCAAGCUGGUGUACAGCGAUCUGUACACACUGUUCAUGGACGUCGUCAAGGAUCCAUCAUCGUAUGGAUUUGAGAACGCAGAGUCAGGGUGCUGUGCCACUGGAUAUUUUGAGAUGGGAUACAUGUGCAAUGGAUUCAAUUCCUUCACUUGCCAAGACGCUAACAAGUACGUGUUCUGGGAUGCCUUCCAUCCGACGGAGAAGAUGAACCACCUCAUCGCCGAUCGUCUCAUGAACACCACCUUCUACGUCUUCUUGUAGCUUAUUUUUUCCUUGAACAAAAAUGUGUCUUGCGUACGUAAAAAAUAUUGUUGCCAUGUAAAGUAGUAAUUACUAUUGCAAUUGAUUCUUGAUGUGCUACUAAACACCAAA